AUGACCAAGAGAGGUGAUGGCCGUCUCAUGGUACCUGAUUCCGGCUUUCGUUCGGAGAAUCAUGAUCCACUUAGGGUCAUUCAGUUGAGGUGCAUGAUUGUCCGCCAGCAGGAUCUAGCCUGUGACUCGACCGCUUUGUCACUGGCGAAGACUUUCGUUUCGUCUUCGCCUUGGGCUCCAACAAUGACGCGCUCAUGGGGAUAUAUCCACGGGACCCAUAUCAACCAGCUCCAAAUCCUUCCAACUCUCCACCGGCUCAAGCAGCACCAUGAUGACCAUUUCCGCGACGUUGUGGGCACUUGGGCGUCUCAUCAAGCAAGUGACGACGAGAUCCGUCGACGACACCGCCCGGCUGGUAGACUUGGCCAACGCACUACUAGCCAGAGUCCAGGAGACGAUGUCCAGGUGAAGGCUGUGGUCACCCUCGCCGAAGAGCGUCAAAAGCAAAUCAACAAACUCAGAUACAAUAGCGACGGCGAACAAUACUGA